AUAGACAUGUCAAAGGUCAGAGUUUAAAUAUAUCAGGAAUGUCUGCUGACAAAGAUCUCAUGCCUGGAGACCAAGACACACGUUUAGUACUUAACUGAAGCUUAUCAUAAUGUUUCGUUUAUAGCUGUGUUUUGUUUUAAACUAAGAAGAAAUCUGUUUAGUAGUCGCUUAGUAAUCUUAAAUUGAAAAUGACCAGUGCUGUCACUUUGGAGGAACACAUAAGAAGUCAUGAGGACAGUUUGCUCAGGUUUUACACAGACUUUUUAAACAGACACUUUGACAAACACACAAACAACGACCAGAACAAGAAAGUGUUUGUGUAUGUAAAGGAAGCAAAGGAAUGUCUUCAAAAUGUUCAAUUAACUUUAAAUCAAGACGAGCCAUCUACAUCUCUAAUAAAUAACAACGAUAGAGAAAUAUAUGACAACUCUGUCAUCCCCGGAAACAGUAGUACAUAUUUAGAAAGCACAUCACGUUGUCAGUCAAAUCCGAGGUCAACUGUUAAAGUUGAAGAUCGACAAGAUAAAUUCGAAGAUAAAUCUUUUAUGAAAGGGGAUUCCAAUGAGGAUCAAGCAAUAAUGGUGAUGAAUAAUGGCAAAUCAGGGUCUGUGAAAGACGAUCUCUUGCCUCCAAAAUUGCUAGACACAUCCUAUGACAACAGGUCAGAUAAAAAGACAAUAGUUACUAAAGAUUCAUCUACUCAAGUUAGAAAAAAAAAGAAAAAAGAUUCAUCACUUUCCAAAAAAUUGAAAAGGGCAAAAAUGUCAGUGACAAGCUUAGCUUCAAGUUUUCGUGGAGAAGUAAAAAAAGUUUUGUCGUCUGCAAGUUUAACUCCUUCACAAUGGCAUUUAGAUGGUCCUGAUGUUGGCAAUGUUGAUAUAGACUCUGUAACAAAUUUAUCGGUUAAUAAUUCUCAGUCGAAAAUGUUUACAUCAGCUGAGAUAACAGAAAAAGACGAUAGUUUGUCCUUCACUAGUCUCAACGACAACUGUUUAACUGCCGGAGAAAUGUUCCAAAAUCUCAUUCACCAACAAGACAUCAAUGACAAUCAGUUUGUACUAAGUGAUGAGCAAGGUGCGGGCCUUCAGGAACUUACUCCAUCUCAUUUGCCAGGUACUUCUCAAACGUUGGCAUGUUGUCAAACUAAAUUAGAUGAUAGUAUUACAACACCACAGAACGAAGAAUCGACUGUCAGCCCAGUAGUCGCUUCAACAUCAUCUUGUUCCAAUUUAAGUGACUUCCUAGCUUUGCAAUCAAGCUGUGAACAUUUAAGUUCAAAUGCUUCAAUGGAAGAUAAUAUGUCUCAAAAAUUAAUCUCGGCAAGCGCCAAAUCUGUCAACUUUAUUUUGUUUGGAGCAAGUGGAAAUGGUAAAAGUGCCACCGGAAACUCAAUACUGGGAGGAGACUUUUUCAAAACUAGCAAUCAAAUUACUAAUAUUUCUGAUUUCAAUUGUCACUCAGUUGAAUUAGAUGACGUGACAAUUUCUGUUGUAGAUUGUCCUGGCUUCAAUCUUGAUGGAGAUGAACAAGUUGCGGAAUAUACGAAACGUUAUAUUAGAAGAGCUUUGGAAUUGUGUAACUGCUGUAUUGAUGGACUUCUGUUUGUGUUAAAAUUUGGAUCGAGAUUCACCGAAGAACAGAAAUUGUCUAUUAAAUACAUUAAAGGAUUUCUUGGUGACGACGUCAUGGCGAAAUGUGGAUUCUGCGUUUUUACACAUGGAGAUCUUUUCGAAACGGAACAGCAGAAGGAAGAACAACCGUUAACGUUUACGCAGUGGUGUGUAUCAGAGACGGGGGAAAUAAAAGAAUUGUUUCGUGAAUGUGGUAACAGAUUCAUUCUUUUUAAUAAUGUAACUAAAGAUGCAGCUGUUUUAAAGACACAAGUAGAUACACUUUUGAAAUAUAGAGACACAGUUAAAAGAUAUACAAUAGAAGAUUUCAAAAGAAAUGAAGAAAUGAGAUGGAAAUUUAUUUCACACAUAUCUAGGCCAGAAAGAACAAAAACAAUUCGUCGUAAAAUUGGCUCUAUCCGUAUCAGAUAUCACAAAUAUUUAGAGCUUCAAGUAACAGAUCCAAAUUGUGAGACGGUUUUGAACAAUUUAAUUCAGGAAAUUAGGGAAAUAGUAAAUAGAAUACCCAAAUCUGAACUUAAUUUGCUGUCAAUGGGGUUAACUUUACACCAAGAAAUGGAGUCGAAACGUAAAUUACGUCAACAUGUUCAUCUGUCCGAACAAGAAUAAGAUGAAGGGUUGUAUCUGAUAAGAGUCCUGAUGACCACUGAGAUCUGAAAUGCAGAUAGAGACUAACAGCACAUCAUCUGUCCCAUAGAGUGUAGGGUCUCAAAGGAGGAGGACUUUCUUAAGAAGGAAAUGACGUAGGCCCCUAUAAAUAGGAGGUGUAGCCAUUUUAUGUAAAGGUUCGUGCAAUACUAAAAAGAGUUGGGAAGCGAUCAGUCUACUAUAAUAAUGUUCUGUAUAUCUGUCUUCAUUUAUUAUCUUAGUUUGAAAAUGUUUUUUUUUUUCUCUAUAUAUUGUAAUAUAAUGAUAAAAUUAUAUAAAUAUAUUUAAAAAAAACAUAUGUUAUGUCGUAUAUACCUAAGUACAUGGAUUAUUAUUUUUGAAAAAAUUUGUGUUUAGAUUAAAUAGAAUCAACUCAUCCUAAACAUAUGUCUUAAAUACGCACAAUAACCUUACCUAGAUAAUGUGACUUCAUAACAAGGGUACAUAAUAUAUGAGCUAUGAAUCCUCGAUAUUGAGGUUCAAAAUUAAGUAAUAAACAAACGUGUAAUCAUUGAAUAAAAUGCCUAAAACAGAAUUUUGUUGUGUGUGCUUUGUUUUGUUGUGUGUGCUUUGUUUUGUUGUGUGUGCUUUGUUUUGUUGUGUGUGCUUUGUUCUAUAGCUUGGCUAAACGUUGACACAUUUAACAGUGGCGUCACUCCCUUCGGUGUCACCUGGUGCGGUUAGCUCAGGGUGACGCCCUCUCCCCCUCCUGCCCAAUAACUCCCUUCAAAUAUGUCCCAAUAAACAGUAUUGUUAGUUCUUUUUGUUGGGCCAAUACAGUGAGCUGAUUACCCACUGUUAUUGAUUUUUUACUCAAAUGUAAUAUGAGUGUCAAUUCUAUUAUAAAAUACCAUUGUUUACUCAAAUGUAAUAUGAGUGUCAAUUCUAUUCUAAAAUCCCACUGUUUACUCAAAUGUAAUAUGAUUGUCAAUUCUAUUAUAAAAUCCCACUGUUUACUCAAAUGUAAUAUGAUUGUCAAUUCUAUUCUAAAAUCCCACUGUUUACUCAAAUGUAAUAUGAUUGUCAAUUCUAUUAUAAAAUCCCACUGUUUACUCAAAUGUAAUAUGAUUGUCAAUUCUAUUCUAAAAUCCCACUGUUUACUCAACUGUAAUAUGAUUGUCAAUUCUAUUCUAAAAUCCCACUGUUUACUCAAAUGUUAUUGCCAUUUUUACGUUAAAAUGUAACUACAAUUAGGAACACAAUUAACAUCCACCUGAACAAGUUUCCGUUGUUAUACUUUAAGACAGAAAUGGUAAAACGUUGUGCUGUUUCAUUGAAACUUAAACUACCAUCUAGAUGUGUCUAGGCAUAAUCUAGUAAUCUUAUUAU